UUUCUUGGGACUCCUUGAAGAACAUAUUUGUUUUGUUGUUGAGGCUAUACUCAUAUUUCUUUGCCAAACUGAUUGCUCAAACUGCAAAUGAUCUCUGAGUUAAUUACCAGCUAGUUUGAAGGAGAGAAAUGUCUAUCUGUAAGUGGGUCGACAUGGAGGACAACAAAUGCCAGAAUUUGCUGAAGCAGGAUUCUCCUGAAGAACUUCCAUCCCUUCUGAAGUAUAUAGAAUCCAAGACAGUGUCUGGAUUUGAUGACAUUGAAGAGUGUGGUAGCCUGAAUCAACAACUUCAAUCAACCGCUAGGACUACUCCAACUUCGGAUCCUGUUUGUGCAUUAGCUAAGAGGCAGGAGGAUGCAUCUCAAGCCACUAAUUCUGAACGGUUGCAUUCUGUCUCUAUCAGCAUGCCUUCUUCUCCUUUGGGGAAUGACUUGGAAAGCAAUAGAAAAGUUUUAUUAAUGGAUAAUGAUGAAAUGGAUGUUAGCAGAAAGAACCCAAACUUUAGAGACACACCAGUGGAUGUUAGCAGCAAACAACCAAAACAAGCCAAGUUUCAUUCUCAGCCCAUUCCAGUAGCAGUAGGCAUUGCAUAUGUUGAUGCAGUUUGCAGUACUGGAAAAGCUUCUGGUCCUUCAGAAGGACAACUAAGGAACUCAAGGAUUGAUGAAUUCAAGGACAAAAGUUUUGAUUCUUUCAAAACAUGGUCUGGAAGACUUGAGAGGCAGCUAUCUCAUUUACGUGGAAAGCAGUGUGAUCCUGAACCAGAAGUUAACACUACACAGAAUUCUGAAAUUGAAGUUUUAUCAGUGGACCGGUACUUUGAUGCUUUAGAAGGGCCUGAGUUGGAUACACUAAAGGAUUCAGAGGGGUUGGUGCUUCCAGAAGACAAGCAGUGGCCUUUCCUUCUGCGUUAUCCAAUAUCUGCUUUUGGCAUGUGUUUAGGGGUUAGCAGCCAGGCAAUUCUGUGGAAAACCCUGGCAACCUCCACAUCCACAAGUUUCCUCCACAUAAACCUGUCUGUCAAUCUUGUCCUCUGGUGCAUCUCUAUUGGUCUUACAGCCCUGAUCUUGUUAAUUUAUUCUCUUAAAUUUAUUUUGUACUUUGAAGCUGUCCGGCGUGAGUAUUAUCACCCCAUCCGUGUCAACUUUUUCUUUGCACCUUGGAUAGCCUUCCUGUUCUUAGCUCUUGGUGCCCCACCUUCACUUGCCAAAAACCUGCAUGCAGCUCUCUGGUACAUUUUGAUGAGCCCAAUCUUCUGUCUUGAACUCAAGAUCUAUGGACAAUGGAUGUCAGGAGGUCAGCGGAGGCUUUCAAAAGUGGCAAACCCUUCAAACCAUCUAGCCAUUGUUGGGAACUUUGUGGGUGCAUUGCUUGGUGCAUCUAUGGGACUAAAAGAAGGGCCUAUCUUCUUCUUUUCUGUUGGGUUGGCUCACUACAUAGUGCUAUUUGUAACUCUUUACCAGAGGCUUCCAACAAAUGAGACACUUCCAAAGGAGCUCCAUCCAGUGUUCUUUUUGUUUGUUGCAGCACCUAGCGUUGCUUCCAUGGCGUGGGCAAAUAUUCAAGGGUCGUUUGAUUAUGGCUCAAGGGUUGCUUACUUCAUUGCAUUGUUUCUGUAUGUCUCACUGGCUGUUCGGGCUAAUUUCUUUAAGGGGUUCAGGUUUUCACUGGCGUGGUGGGCAUACACUUUCCCAAUGACAGGGGCUUCCAUUGCAACCAUCAGGUACUCAAGUGUAGUAAAAAAUCCAGUAACACAAUCUCUGUCUGUCAUACUCUCUGCCAUUUCUACUCUCACAGUGACAGCUCUGCUCAUCACCACCAUCCUUCAUGCCUUUGUAUUUCGAGACCUCUUCCCCAACGAUAUUGCCAUUGCAAUUACAACAAAAAGGCCAAAAAAGAGUAAGAAGCAGUUCCAUCUGAGUUCUGGAAAUUCAGAUGCCAAAGAUAUUGAAGCUUCUUUGAAAUCUGCUGGUUCAGAUGGUGAAGGCACAGAAGUUUCUCUGAGAUCUAUAAGCGUAGAUAAAAAAUAGAAAUGAAAGCUUCCUGCCUAAUUAACCAGUACCCAUGUUGUAUAAUCAAGCUCAUGGUGUCAACACCAUGCCGGAUUUUCUGUUUUUCUACUUGUCCUACUUGAGAAAAGACUAGUUUUCAUCACUCGGAUGGUCAAACAAGGUGGUGAUGGAGUUUUGUAUCAGUAGUCAUGGAUAAAUGUACAGUGAGACAAUUGAAUAUAAGACUAGGAAGGUUGUGAAAAAGGUGUAUGAGAAAAUGGGAGGGAUGAACCAAUGAUAUGAAUGGGCUCCCCCUUAGUGUUCCUUGUACAAAAUAAAAAAUAAAAAAAUACUCUAACCAAUUCAGUGAUUGUG